AAAUUUUUCUUUCUUUCCCAGCCACGACUAGCAAGGGUCGACAGCAUGAGUUCUUUAAAGCUCCAAAAGAGGCUUGCAGCCUCCGUCUUGCGUUGCGGCAAGAAAAAAGUUUGGUUGGAUCCCAAUGAAAUCAACGAAAUCGCCAACACAAACUCGCGUCAAAACAUACGCAAACUGAUCAAGGAUGGUUUGAUCAUCAAGAAGCCGGUUGUGGUGCAUUCCCGCUAUCGUGUGCGCAAGAAUACCGAGGCCCGUCGCAAGGGUCGCCACUGUGGCUUUGGCAAGCGCAAGGGUACAGCCAAUGCCCGCAUGCCCACCAAACUGGUGUGGAUGCAACGGCAGCGUGUCCUGCGUCGCCUGCUGAAGAAGUACAGGGAUAGCAAGAAGAUCGAUAGGCAUUUGUAUCAUGAUCUGUACAUGAAGUGCAAGGGUAAUGUGUUCAAGAACAAGCGCGUCCUCAUGGAGUACAUCCACAAGAAGAAGGCCGAGAAGCAGCGCAGCAAGAUGCUCGCCGAUCAGGCCGAGGCCAGGCGCCAGAAGGUGCGUGAGGCGAGGAAGCGUCGCGAGGAGCGCAUCGCCACCAAGAAACAGGAGCUCAUCGCACUGCAUGCCAGGGAGGAUGAGAUCGCAGCCAACGCGGCGGCGACGGCGGCCCAUUAACUGAACUUUUACUUGCUAGACAAGGCAAUAAUAAUUGUAAUUGUUUUUCAACUGAAAUAAUAAAAAUUGUCAUUUUAGUUUGGCCGAAAUGAUUUUGUACAAACGUGGAAA